CACGUGAACGGGGAUCGAUAGAUCAUCGAAGGCAUCGAGCUCUAGCUAGCUAGAGGAUAGUUUGUGACUCUCUGCCACCCUUCUCGAUAAAUAUAUUCCCUUCUCCUUCCUCGACCGUGAGAGAGGCAGACGCGGGGCCGUUCCUGAUCUCCGGACGGUCGUCACAGAGACGGGAAGAGGUCCAAGAUGUCGCUCUUCGGUCUCCCGGAGGAAGACGAGGAGCAGUUCAUGCCCACGGGCGGCAGUUCGGGACUAGCGACUAUAUUCGGCGCCAGUAAAGCCAUGGACAAGUCUGGGAACUCCUCAUUUCAGUACAAGGCUCCAACUCAACCCAAGAAACAGAAGAAAGGAUCGGGAUCAGGACCAGAGACUCACCAGCUGUUGGCCGCAGCUGCCGUGGACACUCAGAAACAUGUGGAUGGGAAGUAUGUACCUCAAGGGAAGAUUGGAGUCUGCGUGUUGGGUCUCCACUCUGCUAAAGAUUACAAGUUGCUUCUCUAUGUGACCCAGAGCAAGCACAUUACCUCAGCCAAGAUAGAGGCCUCCUUUGCCUUCACUGUACAGCGAAAUCACUAUGCCAGUUUCUAUGACGACCAGAGGCAGGCGUGGUCUCUACAUUUCGCCUCCGAGGAAGACGCUGUCAAACUGGCCAAAGAAGUGGCAGUGUGUAAAGCUCUGACGGCUGGGAGCUCAGUGUCUCUCAUCAAACAGGACCUCGUUGUGGGGGAGGGGCCGGCAGUGGAUAAGGGAGAUUCCGUUGACGUCAAGUACACUGGUUGGCUCUUUGAAAAUGGCAUUGGAAAAAAAUUUGAUGGAAACACAGACAGUGACAAAAGCUUCAAAUUCAAAGUUGGAAAAGGCAAAGUCAUCAAGGGAUGGGACGAGGGGAUGGUGGGGAUGACAAAGGGAGGAAAGAGAAUUCUGGUCAUUUCUCCAGCUCUUGCUUACGGCUCACAGGGUGUGAAGGACAGGAUCCCGCCGGGAGCUGUUCUGGUCUUUGAGGUCGAACUGAGGAAACUGAAACUGGGCAAGGAAACGAGAGGCCGAGGUCGCCACGGAAAUGUUAGUAUUCUCUCUCACACUCGUCCACAAUUCACAUCCCCCUCCUCCCGUCUCUCUCUCUCUCCUCUCUCUCUCUCUCUCUCUGUGUGUGUGUGUGUGUGCAAUAAUUCUAGACUGGAGCCUCCCCCACCCUCACCUCCGACCUCCCGAGAGAGAGGAGGCAGUGUGAAGGAGAUGACUCAGUCAUUCGAGGACCACCUCACCGCGCCCUCCGAGGAGACGGAGGAGAACCAGCGCAGCAAACUCCUCUCAAAGAUGUCACGACUUGGAGGACAGGCAAUACUCCCUCCCGGAACCAUGCCGACUCACCACGUGGAGGCUGAAGAGCAGCCAGCAGCCCCAGCUGCUUCCCAGCCUGGAAUGAUGACAUCACAACCUGGAAUGAUGACGUCGCACCCUGGGAUGAUGACAUCGCAACCUGGGAUGAUGGCGGGACAGCCUGGAAUGAUGACUGGUCAAACAGGAAUGAUGGCGGGUCAAACAGGAAUGAUGACAGGAAUGAUGGGUGGUCAAACAGGACUGAUGGGUGGUGGACAGCAGCCUGGGAUGAUGAAUGGAGGAAUGAUGGGAGGAGGGAUGAUGUCACAGCAACUGGCUCUAUAUAAUCCCCACCAGAGCAGACCUCCAUUCAUGAACCAGGGACCUUAUGGACCACAGGUCAGACCACAAUGGGAUGGAGCGCGAGGGAGAGGCUGGACACAUACGGACGGGCCAAGACUCCCAAACCAUGCCCACACAUGUCCCAACAGCCACGCACCCCACUGCCCAACACAGCAGCCUACGGCUCAGGAUGCAGCCAGUGCCACGUUGCUAUCGGAGACCAAGCACCAAACAACAGAGGUGAGGGCGGAGCUUGGGAAACUCAGCGGAAAGGUCGACGAACUUCACUCCAAGCUGGACAAGUUGAGGGAGGAGGGACCAGGGGGCGGAGCUCUCGUUCCCGCAUCCAGACACACCCCCAACAUGGAGGCUGCCGUUCUGCUGCACAACAUCCAGCGAAUCAUGCAGGCAAGUUAUCAAUUACAUCACUAUGACAUCAUCAGCGAUCUCUAUGAUGUCAUUGCAUUUACUGAGAACGAGCACCUGAAAAAGGAUAUGUUUGAGAAGAGUGCGAGGAUCGAGACCCAGAACCAGAAGAUAGCGGAGCUGCUGGAGCGGAACCAGCGCUACGUCGAGCAGAGCAACACCAUGCUGGAGCAGAGGAGUGACGCAUUCAAGUCGACGGCCACGUCCUCACAGGUCAAGGUCCUCCAGCUGGAGCAGGAGAAGGUGAACCUGACGUCAGAGUUGAGUACUCAGAUGGCCCACCUGAGCUCACUCCAGAUGGAGCUGACUGGCUCCCGACAGAGAGAGGCGGAGACUGAAGACACGGCUGGCAACUGCUGUCGCUGA